AUGGACGACGAGAAGCCGAAAGGAAAGAUCGAACCUGAAGGAGGAGGAGGAGGAGGAGGAGGAGGAGGAGAUGGAGUACCUGAAGUGCGAUAUAGAGGCGUCCGGAGGCGGCCGUGGGGGAAAUUCGCGGCCGAGAUCCGCGACUCCACGAGGCAUGGCGCUCGAGUCUGGCUUGGGACUUUCAGCACGGCCAAUGAGGCGGCUCGGGCCUACGACCGUGCUGCGUACGCCAUGAGAGGUCACGCUGCUAUCCUCAAUUUCCCUAAUGAAUUCCCUCUAGGAUGUAAGGGUGCUAGUUCUUUGCCGCCGCCGCCGCCGCCGCCUUCUUCUGUUUCUUUGUCGCCGAAGAAGCGAGGCAAAAGCGCCCGAGGCCGCGAUGAACGGGUAGUGGAAUUUGAGUGCUUGGACGAUAAGUUGCUAGAUGAACUUCUUGAAAACGAAGAGAAAGAGAAGACGAAAUGAAAUGGCUGUUCUAUGUUCUCGUUAAUCAAAUGUUGGGUUGUCCAUCACCAUGAUUAC